UCCCGGCGGCGGGAUGAGGCCGGGCUGAGCGAUGUGCGAGCAGGCAGCGCGCUACUGCCGGGCCGGGGUGCAGAAGCUGCUGCGGAAGCCGGCGCCGGCGCUGCGCGGGCUGGACGGGCUGCUGCGCUGGGCGGCCGCCAGGAUGGGCGACAAGGGCCUGGCCGAGAGGGAGCUGCUGGCGCCGGGAGCCACCGCCGCCCAGAGGAAGGGCACCUCCGUCAUCCUCGAUAUUUUCAGAAGAGCUGACAAAAAUGAUGAUGGGAAGCUGUCCCUGGAGGAGUUCCAGGCCUUCUUUUCUGAUGGGAACCUCAACGAGGAGGAACUUGAGAAGCUCUUUCACACCAUUGACUCAGACAACACCAACAAUGUGGACACCAAGGAGCUGUGUGACUAUUUUGCUGACCAUAUGGGGGACUAUGAGGAUGUUUUGGCCUCCCUGGAGAUGCUGAACCUCUCCAUCCUGAAGGCCAUGGACUACACCAAACGGGUGUACGAGAGUGGCAGCAAUGUGGACCAGUUUGUGACGCGCUUCCUGCUGAAGGAGACGGCGAACCAGACCCAGUCCCUGCUGAGCUCCGUGGAGAGUGCUGUGGAUGCCAUCGAUGAGCAAACCAACCCCUCCAGACACUACCCCAGCAAGGAUGGUCACGGCCUGAGUGACACCUGGUAUGACAAUUCUGUCCCCAGCUACUCUUCCAGCACCUGGAUGGUCCCCAGGGAGCAAGGAAAGAGCCUCCAGGCUGGUUCCCCUGACACCAAGGCAGAGGGGCUGGAGGGGCAGAUCAACAGGCUGGCCAAGCUGAUUGGCAAGUUGGAGGACAAGACGCUGUGGUUUGACCUGCACCAGCGGCUGUCGGACAGCGAGAGCACGGCCUGCACGUACCUGCUCCUGGUGAGGAAUGAGAUGACGGUGUCACACAAGCACCUGGGCGAGUUCUGCAGCUCCCUGAAGCAGUACCUGAAGAGUGUGGCCGGGGAGCGGGACUGCUUCCAUGUCACCGCAGUGAAGCUGCCUGAUGGGGUCACCUUCAUCAUCUAUGAGUUCUGGGAGACCGAGGAGGACUGGAAGAGGCACCUGCAGAGUGCCACCUGCAAGGGCUUCCAGCACGUCAAGGUGGACACGCUCAGCCAGCCCGAGGCCAUCUCCAGCGUGGCCGUGCCAGCUGCCUGGUGCACCCUGAGCCGAGAGUGACGGUCAGUGCAGGGGCCUGCCAGCAUCU